AGGCGGACAGCCAAGCAUUAUCAUCUUCCCAGCAGGAAGAGAGCAGCGCCCGCAUCCGCUUCUCUCCAUCUCCAGGCCCCGUUCGAGCACCUGCGCAAGUCGUGCGUGUGUGUAUCCAUCUACUUCGUCGCCCUCAAGCAUCUGAAUUUCCAUAGAGACCCCGUCCACAGCUUACCAUCAUGACAGAAGCGCAGCCCGAAAACCGCGCCACAUUGGACGCCAAGACGAAACUAAGCGCUGCUGGCAGCUCCUCCAAGCUGCGUCCUACUGCCAAGGAGUUCGUGUUUAACACAGCAGCCCCCGUCUGGACGCCGUCGUCUGUGGCUUCGCCACCUCCCGCCCCUGCUGCCCCUGCUGCUCCUCCCGCCCCUGCUGCUCCUGCCGCUCCUGCGCCCAAGAAGAGCCAGCUGAAGCUCUCGGCCAAGCCCUUCGUGCCGUCCUUUAUGGCGCCAGCGUUCGUGCCUGCAUCGAUGAAGGCACCUGCUGCUCCUGUAGUGGAGAAGGUGGAGACAGUGAAGGAGACGGAGGUGACGACGACUACGUCAGAGUCUGCGUCGACGCCUGUGUCGUCCGCUGCUUCUUCUAGUGCGUCAGAGCCAGAGGUGGAGAAAGACGAGAAGGUUGAGGCACAGACGGAGGCUUCUGAACGUGAAGAGAAGCAGAAGCAGGACGUGGAUGUCAAGACAGAGGAAGCUGCUGAGCCUGAGGCCGAGAAGCCGGAGGUUGUGGCCGAGCAGGCUGUGAUCGGAGAGCGUAUUAUCUACACUAUCAAGCAGCUGCUGGAGAUGGAGCCGGACGUGGAGCUGUGCGUCGUCCCGGAGGGUGUCAAGGGCAUGGUGAUCGCUGCAGACAAGACGACCAAGGCGCUGUCUGCGCCAGCCCCCGAGGCCUCUGGCAAGGGCAUGCGUCGCAACGACUCGUCUCGGUCUCUGGGUCGUCACGGCAGCAGCGGCAACUUCAGUGAAGGUCGUGGACGUCGUGAACGUGGCAGUGGACGUGGAGGACGCGGUGGACGCGGCGGACGUGGCCAUCACGACACUGCGCCUGCUCUGGAAGACUGCGCUCCUCUGGAUAUCAACGAGGAGACUCGAUGGAAGCCCUCGCACGCCAAGUCGCGUCUGGACGACCCGGUGGAGAACUCGGAGGCGUCUCUGAAGGAAGCCAAGUCGAUUCUGAACAAACUGUCGAUCGAGAAGUUCGACAAGCUGUCAGAUCAGCUGAUUGAGGUGGCUGUGCGUGGCCUGGAAGUGCUCAAGGGAGUGAUUGAGAUGGUGAUCGCCAAGGCGCAGAUGGAGUGGCACUUCUCCACCAUGUACGCGGAACUGUGCGCCAAGAUUGCACAGACGGCCAUGCCUGCGAUCACUCUGGAGGAGGGAGAGGUGGUGACGGACACGCACAAACUGUUCCGUAAACUACUGCUGCAACGCUGUCAGAAGGAGUUCGAGGCCAAGCCGGAGAUCGAGGGACUGGACUCUUUGCCCGAGGACGAGCGACUGGAGAAGGAGCUGAUCAUGAAGCGCGCGUCUCUGGGCCACAUCCGCUUCGUCGGAGAGCUGUUCAAGCAGCGGAUGCUGAGCUCGCGCAUCAUGCACGAGUGUGUCGGCAUUUUGUUCGGAGACAUCGCAGCUCCUGAUGAGGAAUCGCUCGAGUGUCUGUGCAACUUGUUGAGUACAAUUGGGCAGGCGUUGGAGGCGAAUGCUAGAGAGAAGGCGGAGCUGAACCACAUUAACGGAUACUACGCGACCAUCAAGAAGCUGAGUGGAGAGUCCAAGCUGCUGUGCACACGUGUGCGCUUCAUGCUGCAGGAUCUGCUGGAGCUGCGUACGAACCGAUGGGUGGCGCGUCGUAAGGAGACGAAGGCUAUGACUAUCGCCGAGGUGCACGCUGAGGUCGCUCGUGAGGCCAAGGAGAAGGAACGGUCCAGUACCAAGUCGGGAGGCCACGCUCGUCUGCAGCGCAGCCAGUCGAUGAACUCCACAGGCUCCGUGGGCUCGAACGACCGACGACGUGGCACUGGUGGAGGUGCGUCGGCGGCCUGGAAGGCUCGUGCUGCGGCCUCUUCUGCGGCUCCGUCUAGCACGAACAGCGCUCCGACAGUGGACGCUGAUGGCUGGGAGACUGUGACCGGUGGAGCGCGUCCCAAGGGUCUGAAGCACCGCAGUAACUCGGACCGCUUCCCUGCCUCGUCAUUGGGUGGACUGCCUCGUCACCCGAGCGGAACUCGACUCAGCAGCAGCAACACGUUCGCGUCUCUGAGCGGCAAGGAACGAAAGGAACGAGGACGCAGCAACAGCUCGUCGUCUACUUCUUCGCGUUCUUCGCGCGGCCGUGAGGACGCUGGUCGCCCGCCUACACCUUCAUCAGCCAAGUCAAACAACGGACGCUCUGCUAAACCUGAGAAGACUGCGGAGACUGAGUCUACGGCCCCGUCUCUGACGGCUGAGGCGUUCGAGAAGAAGGUGAAGGCCAUUCUGGACGAGUACGUGGAGCUCGAGGACAUGGAGGAGGCCUAUGCGAGCUUCACGGAGCUCAACGCUGCCAACCACUAUGCUCUGAUCCCCAACAAGGUGCUGAAUAUUGGUCUGGAGAAGGGCGACAAGGAACGUGAGGCCAUUGCGAGCUUCCUGGCUGGUCUGUACGACCGCAAGGUGGUGACUAGUGCUGCGUUGGAGAGCGCGUUGCAGGACGUGCUGGAGUUCGCCGAGGAUAUCGAGAUUGACAUCCCCAAGACGCUCCCGUACUUGAGCGAGAUGGUGGCGCCGUCGGUGGUGGCGGGCAGCAUCACGAUCCCGCAGCUCGUGACCAUGACGGAGCAUCUGCGAUACAACGGAAAGGCCGCCAAGCUCAUCGGCUCCACGCUGGCGGCUGUGGUAUCGUGUGAGGAUGAAACCAAGGUGCAGGAUCUGCUGGCCGCGGAAAGCGUCGACUUCAUGGCGCUGCUGGCCGAGGCGAACCGCAACGAGGAGGCCGUACAAGCCUUUUACAAGGACUAUGCGCUUGGGUUCCUCGUGUAAGACUCUAGUGUCGGGUUCCUGCUGCGCUCGAUGAUUUAUUGGGAUGGAUAUAGGUAGAUUUGACAUAUACGAGCAGGAAAUAAUUUUUUUUUAUCUCGCUGAUAAAGUGGAACCGAAGAUUCGUUCUUGUUGUCUUCAGGGUGUUUGCCUGCAGACAUCUA